AAAGAAGCUUUUGAGGGUAAAUAUAACGAAGCUGCUGAGUCCAUGGAGAUAAUGGCUAUUGAUAAAGAAGUGGCUGAAGAAAAAGCUGAUCAGUUGCAACAAGAGGUUAAUAUGUUGAAAGAAAAGAUUGAAGAAAUUAGUGUAGAUUUAACUGUGUUUAAAAAACAUGAGAGCGUUACAAGCGAAUCGGAAGCUGAACUAAAUAAAAAGCUUAAGGGUUUAGAAAAAGAAUUGUCAUCUCUUCAAGAUAUUCAAAUGCAACGCGAUCAAAUGAAAAACCAAUUGGAUGCUGCUGAAAUUGCCAUUGAAGAUUUAAAGAGUCAGUUAGAUGAUGUCAUGCAUAAUGCAGAUAUGCUUGAACAACUUACUCAAACAAAUCUGAUGCAAGGAGAGCAAAUUGAAGAAAUGAAAAAUACCAUUGAAGAUCUUGAAGCUCUAAAAGAAUUAAAUGAUGAACUUGAAGAAUCUCAUAUUGAAAAUGAGAAGCAGCUUCAGGAAGAAAUUGAUCGCAAAGAUAUGCAAAUUCGUGAAUAUAAAAGACGCAUUGAGUCAACAGAUGAAGCAAAUGCAGAUUAUGAAAACACGAUCUCCAAUUUCCGUGAACUUGUUGCUACAUUGCAAAGUGAUUUGGAACAGUUCCGUCGAAAAGAAGAAAAUCAAAAUUCAGGAACAGAAAAUCUUGGCAGUGAAUCUCAAAAAAUGCAUGAUCUAAGAAUUAAAUUAACUACCACUGAACUUAAAAAUCAAGCAAAACAGAUUGAUCUGGAACUUCGAAAAUUGGAUGCCAUACAAGCAACUGAAAAUUUGGAAUAUGUUCAGCCUUACUUACCUGAUACCUUUAUCCGUACCGAAAAUGAUUCAAUUCUUUGUUUACUAUUGUUAAAAAGACUCGUAUUCAAAUCAGAUUUAAUUAUUAAGCAGAUUGAUCAGAAGCAUAAUAUUGCAGAAAAAUUAAACACUGUUGUUCCAGAACAAUUAAUUGCAGUCUGCGAUCUACGACAAAAAUUAGCGUGGUUUUCUAGUUUGUCUCAGCGCUUUGUUACUUUCAUAAACGGUUGCCCAGUUGAAACCUUUUUAAAGAUGGGUCAAGUCUAUCAUGAUCUUAUUGGAACGGAGCGUCGUAUAAAUUCAAUCGUGGAUUUGUUGAAAAAAGAAGAACUAAAAGAAUCUGAAAAUAUUGAAGUUGUUCAAAGAUCAAUAGCGCAAUUAGAACACUUGGCAGAAAUAUAUCUUUCCAACACUAAAUUAGAUGAGGCUGAUAAACAUUAUUCUUGUGCCAGAGCAUUGGAUUUCAAUUCUGAUACUAUUGCAGUGACUCUUGGUCAUUUAAAACAAGCUGUUGCAACAGCAUGUAAAGAUGAAGAAAUUAUUGUAUCCGAUAGCUCUGAAGAAUUUCAUUCUGAAUUUUUCCAACCUUUGCAAGCAUUGGUAACACAAUCUCGGAAUAGUAAAGUCAUGGUCAGGAAAUUGCAUCUUCGUCUUGAUGAAUUGUCCGGAAAAUCUUCCUCUUUGAAAUUCGAUAUUUUGGCGCAAUUUAAGAUGUGCCACUCAUUAAGCACGAAAUUAACAAAUUUCUGUUUUGAGGUUUGGAAGGGUGUUUCGGAUUAUAUUAAUGGAAAGAAGGGCACAAAAGAUGAAUUAAAACUUGCUGGGCUUCAGCAAAUUAUUUACACUGCCACUGAAAGUAUAUUGGGUGUCAACGAAAUGAAGAUGUGGGAAGGGUGUACAAAAUCUUUGCAAAAUUUAUGUCAAGAAAUAGGCAAUCUAAAUAAUGUUGUUAACGAUCCUGAUAAUGCGGAAAAUGUAUCUAAACAUGAAGCUCCGUGGAUUAUACGGUCCAAAGAAUUAAAAGCUGAAGUUAUUAUAAACGUCGAUAUGGAACGUAAAUUACAACAGUCUAGCGAAAAAAUUCAAGAAUUAUUUAAAGAAAUGAAAUUGAAGGACCAAGCUUUGCAAGAAGCAGGUGUUAAAAUAGGAUUACUAGAGAGGCGUGUGGAAACUGUUAAGCAGCAGGCUGAUAGGAUUAAUUCUUUAGAGCAAGAGCUUGCUAAUAAAAACAAACAAGAGUCAGAAUUUGAAGAGGUUAUGGGCAAAUUACAUCACGAUCUCGAAAAUUUGGCACAUCAACAUCAACAAUCUUCUACUCUGAUUGCUAAUCUUGAUGGGAAAGAAUUACCAUCCGAGCAACCUAACCGUCCUCAUGAGGAAGAUGAUCUUGGUAGUGAUGGCAUGGGAAUAAUAUCAGAAGCUAGUCCUUUAGAAACGCAGCAUUUAACUAGUCAGAUUGAGUCCCUAAAACUCGCGGUCCGCUAUUUAAGAGCAGAGAAUUCUCACCUAAAAGGAAAGGAAGCUUUGAGUGUGUUGAAUUGGCACUUACAACCUAAGAGACCUCGCAGUAUUCAAAAUCAAAAUAAUAGUGAAGAGUUAUCGAAUAUUGCACAAGAAGCAAAAUCAUUGCUUAAAGACUUCCGUUCCAAUAGUUCAUCGCCUCGUGUUGUUCGUAUUACAAAGACAUUGGAAGACACGAAGAAAUGGCAGUCGGUAAAGAAAACACCAAUUUAUCAAUAUCAAAUACAACAAUCUGUUAUGUACACGCUUCAAAAACGAAGCAACGACUUGAAGUCAAAACUACAACAAUUAGGCAAGAUGAGCCUGCAAAAGUCUCAGAAACCUUCAAAGAACGGUAUUGUAGAUACACGACCUUCUCUUGUUGGACGAAUACGACUUCCGCUUUCAGACACUCCCAACAAUACGCAUUCACAUAAUAUUAAUAUUACAAAUCCGUCUGAUUUUGAGAAGAUUCACACUAUAUUUGUUAAUUGA